AUGUCGGAGAACUACGGUGGCCUUCAGAGACGCAGUGGAGGAGCUGAGGAGUGCGGAGAAGGUCUGAAGAUGGAGGUUUUGUUCCGGAUGACGAGCACUGGGGUCGUUGUGUUGAUGCUGAGUCUUCUUCACGUCUCCUUUUCUUCUGCUCAGGAGUGUCCGUCCACCCACGACCUGCUGACCUCGCUGCGGCAGGUGGAGAAGAUGCUGGCGGUCCACGAGGCGUCGUACCAGCAGGGCCUGCGCUCCCUCAGGAAGAGGAUGAGCGCUCUGCACAACAGCACCAUGGCCAUCUUUAAGACCGGAGCAUCCUGCUCAAAACCAGAGCCCCCCGCUCACGGCCGCAGACUGGGCCGGGUGUUUGGCGUCGGACACGAGGUCCACUUCCUGUGCAAGCCUGACUACGAGCUGAUUGGCCCGCGCACACGAGUGUGUCUGGAGUCUCUGAGGUGGAGCGGCCAGCAGCCAAUGUGCAGACGCUUAAACAGCACCGGAAACUCCCUGACCUCCUUUUCUCCUGCUGCUCCUUCGUCCUCUUCGUCCGCCUCCUUUUCUGCUGCUCUGUCAGCAUCCUCCUCCUCUUCUUCAGUAUCUUCACCUUCUCCUGUCUCCUCUUCAUCGCCUUUGUCUUCCUCCCCGUCCUCCUCCGUCCGUCCGUCUCACUGCACUCACUUCCUGGGCUCCACCCGCUGCACCUGUGACGUGGGUUUCACCAUAUCCGGCCAGGACAACAACAUCUGCACAGAUAUCGACGAGUGUCGUCUGUUUCCUCUCGGCCAGCCGGGUCGGCUCUGCGUCUAUCAGUGUGUUAACACUCCCGGCAGCUUCCACUGCUUCUGUCCGGCCGGCUACGACCUCUCCAGAGACGGACGCAGCUGCUCAGACGUCGACGAGUGUGAAAACCGGAUGCACAACUGCUCCUCAGACCAGGUGUGUGUAAACACCUACGGAGGUUUCCAGUGUGCGAUGGUGGAGUGUCCUCACAUGAAAAACGCCACGUACAUCAAGACGUCCCCAAUGCGCUGUGAGAGGAACCCGUGCAUGCUGGGAGACAAGGUGUGCACUCAGGCACCAAACUCCAUCUCCUUCCACUUCCUGUCCAUGGUGUCGAACAUGUCCGCCCCCCGUGUCCUCUUCCGGGUGUCGGCGGCUCGCGUCCUGGGAGACACGCUGCGUUUCGGCCUGGCGGGCGGCCGUGGACGGGGCCACUUCAGCGUGCAGCGUUCCGGUCGACAAACUGGCACCCUCCUCCUGGUGACGCUCAUCAAAGGUCCCGCCACCCUGGAGGCCGAGGUGGAGAUGAGCGAGCUGGAGCGCAACAACCUGCUGGGCCGCUACCUCACCAAAGUCACCCUGUUCGUUUCUCCGUACGAGUUUUAGGGGGAGGGUUGAUGGGUUUUGGUGCCAUUUUUUUUAUCAGUCAGACCAGUUUACACAGAAAUAAAGAGCCUGACGAACCUUUACAGUCCAACUGAAGUCACAAAAUUCAUCCUUUUUAAAUAUAUUGUUUAUUACUGAGCGGAAGUUUAA